CGUGGACUCCUGAGGCAUACAAUUCCCACGACCUUUGCCUCGCUCUCAUUGGCUGCUUCGUGCUGUCAAUCAUCUGGCGCUCCUUACACCAGUGCUCUACAGUAAAUAUUUGUGUUUGCUCUACCGGCUGUAAUGGUGGACGACUGAAAGAGAAAAUCGGAGAGACUAAAUCUCAAAAAAAUCCUGCCCCGGGUAAAACACUAUUAUUUGUGGCUCGGAAAUUAACACCGGCGAAUAUGGAUGAACUCAAGCAUCAAGUUAUGAUAAACCAGUUCGUCCUGACAGCUGGAUGUGCCGCAGACCAGGCGAAACAGCUUUUGCAAGCGGCACAUUGGCAAUUUGAGACAGCCCUUAGUGCCUUUUUUCAAGAGACAAAUAUCCCUUAUGGUCACCAUCAUCAAAUGGGCAGCUGUACUAUGACCCCAGUGCUGCCAGGAGGCUUAACACAGGAUGACGACACUACCCUGUGGAGCAUCCUGUACAGACGGCAACAGCUCCAAAAACGCCUUGAGUUUCUUAAGGCGAUCCAAAAGAAGAACAACAGACUGGAAGAAUCCCUUGCAAACGAAGAGGGCCCACCUGAACUGGAAAGAAUAGAGGAGGAGUUAAAGCUUCUGGAGGAAAAAGAGAAGGAACUUCUAAAGAAUCAAAAUGUUUCUACCAAAGUGACACCACAGGCCACAGGGAAACCCCCUGACAGAGAUGUUGGCCAUGAUUUACUCGCCAUGACAGAUGCAAAAGGUCAAAUCCAAGGACUGUACGUUCUCCCCUUUUCUCCUUCAGAAACUAUUUCUGCUCCUUACAAUCCUCCGCAAGAGGAAAAAACAGAGCAGCCAAAAGCACCAGAGCCUGUCGUUCAACAGCCAAAAAGUCCAAGUCCAACUCCAACUCCAAGUCCAACUCCAAAUCCAAAUCCAAAUCCAAAGCCAAAUCCAAAUCCAAAUCCAAAGCCAAAUCCAAGUCCAGAUCCCCCAGUGCAGACAAUUCCCUUGGACGACCUCCCCAUGACCACUGCCACAGUGAAGUGUCCUUUUUGCAAAAAGAUUAUCGACACUGAGGUUCGCUACAAAAUUGGCAGCAAUGUCUUUCUCUUUUGCUGUCUGUUAUCCGUGGUGGGGUGUCUGGCUGGAUGCUGCUUGGUCCCCUUCUGCAUGAACCGCUUCAAAGAUGUCGCCCACAAGUGUCCGUCCUGCAGCAAAGACGUUGGUAAAUCUCAAAGGAUUUGAGGCACAGACAGUGUAAUAC